AUGGCACCGUCUAUCAAGGGCCUGGCGGCUUACAAGAAGAAGGAUGGCAUGCUGAGCAUUUCGAAGGACCAGCGAUCCAUCGUCUGGCUGCCUCUUGGUGCUCGGGAUGCUGACAAGAGUGUGUCCAUUGCUGUGGUAAAUAUUACCAAUCUGCAGCAGACCCCAGAAUCAGCUGCGAAGGUGAUGCUGAAGAUCUUCGAAAAGUCACCUGAUGCGGCUGAACCAGUCACCCACGUCUUCAAUUUCAACUCUCCUUCGAAUCCUCGUGGGGAAGCAAAUGCGAUCAAAGAUGUCUUGACCAACCUGAUCAGUGCUAUCAAGGCCAAUGAUGCCAGUGUUCCGAAGCCGAACGGUGCAGGGCCGGCGUCUGCAGCAAUGGCGAUUGCCAGUGCCGUGACCUCCAAACCGGCGUCAGGAGCUGGGAGGUGGUAUGAUGAUGCUCAGUUAAAAAUUGACAUCGAACUGCAACAGUCCCUCAUGAAGAAGGAUCCUACUUUGCAUCGAACUUACAUGGAGUCAAGACGCACGAAGCCGGAUACCAUUUCUGAUUCGCAAUUCAACUCACAGUUCUGGUCGACGAGGACUAACAUACUGCGAGCUCAUGCCGUCGAGACACAUCAAAAAAGGGGGGCGUACAAUGUCUUGUCUGCUGUGAAGCCCCGGACCGUGGAUGGAGAGCUCAAGCUGAAUAUCAGCGCUGAGCAAGUAUCUUUGAUCUUCAACCAGCAUCCGCUUGUGAAGCGGGUUUAUGAUGAAAACGUGCCUAAGGUCAACGAGUCUGAGUUCUGGUCUAGAUUUUUCCUCAGUCGACUCUUCAAGAAGCUGAAAGGUGAACGGAUUGUCGAAACCGACUCCACCGAUCCGACUUUCGAUAGAUACCUGGACACAAAAAGCGAUGAUGGCCUCAGUCAAAGGUUACUCUCCACACAUAUACCUCAUAUCAUUGAUCUGGAGGGCAAUGAAGAAAAUGAGGGCGGAAACAAAACUGGUAAUAGAAAGGACUUUACCAUGAGGCCAGGAUCAGCAGCCAAAGUGCCCAUCAUACGAACAAUCAAUAAUCUGAGUGAGAAGCUGAUGGCCCACGUUCCUCCGUCUGACGUUGAUCCUGCAGACCCCAUUGGAAUGGAUGAAGAUACUUUCAACUCUCUUGCGCUCAGAGAUUUGCAGGGCGACCCGGAGGAGAAUCGGAUCAUGCUCAACAUCAAGGAACAAAGUCGAUUUUUCUCCAAUGAGAAGUCAGAGAUGUCUGCGGAGGCCGCGAUGUACGCAAAACAGGUACCUUCCGAGGUCCUUUUUGAACUGCAGGCGGACGUCGAUCCCACCAUCAUGGAGAACGAUACAAGUGGGAAUUUAGAUUUACGUGCCGCGAUUGGCGUUUUAGAAGAUAGUGACAGUGAAGACGAAGAAGAGAAAAUGCCGCAUGUGGGGAGCAAAGCCAGUCUUGCAGAUGCCCAGAAGCAGGUUUUAGAGGGCGUGAAAGCGCGCCGGACCGAGAUGAAGGGCUCGAGUACGGAGUCUUCAUUGUCGGGCCUUUCGCAGAAAAUGUUUGACCGACUUACAUUGACUCACGCUACUACGACCGAGUUUCUCCAUCAUUUUUGGCUCGUUUUCCUCUCUGGAGACCCAGAUCGUGCGGGUGAGCUUGCGAGGAUGGUUGAGACUUUGGACCGAGCGAUGGACCGGAUCAAUGCUGUUGCUGCGGACGCGGAGAAGGAGAGGGAGGAGGCUCUUCGCAAAGAGAAACAGCGUAUUAGGGCGAAAUAUGACCAAUAUGGAAUUAAGGAGCCAUGGAAUCCGAACUCUAUUGGAGGCGGAGAGAAGGUCGUAAGAGAGAUGAUGGAACCGACGAUCAGAACUCUGCAAAAGGCAACAAAGGAGUACAAGAAGGCGUUGGCUGCUGAGGGAUUGGAUGUUUCAUGA